UAGGAGAGAAGGGUACGCUCCUUCCCCUCCUCCGCUUGUCAUCGUUGGUCGCAGCGCCAUCUCCUGGUUGACAAAAACUUUGAGUGCGGAUUCAUUCUUCAGGGACAACAAAUCAGAGUCCUAUCUCUUCUUGGCGCCUUGAAAAUUAGUUAGCCAACUAAAGAUAAGCUAAAGAUAGCGACAAACCGUACUUUUCGGGUCUUCCUAUGAUCUACAUUCUUUCUAGUUCUCGGAGGACCCAGACUCUAUGGUUAAUGAUGACGAAGGAUCUCUAUUCUGUCUGCGCCUGCGCGAUGCGAGGUGGUUGCGCAUGCGCGGUGUGGCUGAGCGAAGCGCACGCUGAGGAGGAUCCGCGGCUGUUGCGGGUGUAUCCAGUCUUGAUCUCUCGGCUUCCAGAGCGCGGCGUAGGACCCCAGGGCGGGAUUCACACACAUACCUCAGAAUGCCGGGUCUAAGUUGUAGAUUCUAUCAACACAAAUUUCCUGAGGUAGAAGAUGUAGUGAUGGUGAAUGUAAGAUCCAUUGCUGAAAUGGGGGCUUAUGUCAGCUUACUGGAAUACAACAACAUUGAAGGCAUGAUUCUUCUUAGUGAAUUGUCUAGAAGGCGUAUUCGUUCUAUAAACAAACUCAUCCGAAUUGGCAGGAAUGAAUGUGUGGUUGUCAUUAGGGUGGACAAAGAAAAAGGAUAUAUUGAUUUAUCAAAAAGAAGAGUUUCUCCAGAGGAAGCAAUCAAAUGUGAAGACAAAUUCACAAAAUCCAAAACUGUUUACAGCAUUCUUCGUCAUGUUGCUGAGGUGUUAGAAUACACCAAGGACGAACAACUGGAGAGCCUAUUCCAGAGGACUGCCUGGGUCUUUGAUGACAAGUACAAGAGACCUGGAUAUGGUGCCUAUGAUGCCUUCAAGCAUGCAGUCUCAGACCCAUCUAUUUUGGAUAGCUUAGAUUUGAAUGAAGAUGAACGGGAAGUACUCAUUAACAAUAUUAAUAGGCGCUUGACUCCACAGGCUGUCAAAAUUCGAGCAGAUAUUGAAGUGGCUUGUUAUGGUUAUGAAGGCAUCGAUGCUGUAAAAGAAGCUCUGAGAGCAGGUUUGAAUUGUUCUACGGAAACCAUGCCCAUCAAGAUUAAUCUAAUAGCUCCUCCUCGAUAUGUGAUGACAACAACAACUCUGGAGAGAACAGAAGGCCUUUCUGUCCUCAAUCAAGCUAUGGCUGUUAUCAAAGAAAAGAUUGAGGAAAAGAGGGGUGUGUUCAAUGUUCAGAUGGAGCCCAAGGUGGUCACAGAUAUAGAUGAGACUGAACUUGCAAGACAGUUGGAGAGGCUUGAAAGAGAAAAUGCAGAAGUGGAUGGAGAUGAUGAUGCAGAGGAGAUGGAAGCCAAGGCUGAAGAUUAACUUUGCGGGAAACAGAGUCCAGUUGAAGGAACACAGAGCAGCCCUUCCUGGCUGUGAACCCUAGACUUGAAAGUUUUCCAGUAUUGAAAACUUCAAAGCUGAAUAUUUUUUAUUUCCAAGUAUUUAAAUGUUCUCACAGACCAGAACAUGAAAUGCCCUCCUAAAUAUCAGCUGUUUUCAUACAAUGGCUCUAACUCAUUGAGCAUUUUUUUAAGGGAGUGGCCUAAUUUCACCAGAGACAAAUCUUUAAGCUAAAAACAGUCCUAAAAUUGGACUUGUGGUUUCCAUUUCUGAUGGCUCCAGAUUGACACCCCUUUGUAGUUCAGUGCCUCUAUGAGAUUCACCAGGGGCACCCACGGCAAACAGUCCCAAUCUUUCUAUAUAAAAUGUAUUCAAGCAAACAUCAAAUAAAUUUCUGGGAUAUUUAA